CAAAUUCGUUGUUCCACUCGAGUGUUGGUCACUCAUAGUAUAUCGAAGCCAGUACCCUCAACAGUCCUAUCCCUGCAGCUGUUAUUUGUUUUGACCAGGCGGAAUAUCCUCUAAAUUCACGAUGUCAGCUCUACAAAUUGAAGAUUUUGUGCUCCCAGCGUUGGUGACGUUAGUUUUAGGACGCCAAUCAGGUUGGUUCGCCAAGAAUAUUAGAAUAAUGCGCAAGAAAGACAACAUAGUACCACCCUCUACAUCGGGACCCCCGGCUUUCAACCGAGCUUUCCGGGCACAGCAGAACGCAUUGGAGAUGAUGCCAGUGUUUUUGGUUGCAUUCUGGGUAACCGCAGCUUUCUCCAAUACAUUGAUUGCUACUGUCCUUGGCUCUGUCUACGUUUUCGGACGUUGGCGUUACUUUCUACAGUAUAUUGACGACCCUGCUAGGCGUGUUGGUCCUUUCCGAGUAUGCAUGUUUUCGACGUUAUUAUUAUUGCUCAUCGCAGUCUUAGGAGUUACACAGUUUCUGUUACUCAAAUAUGCCUCGUAUAACCUCAAAGAAUGUGUGUUUUCUGUCUUACCAUUCAAACCACCGGUUUAAGGUAGCACCUUUUAAAUCUGAGUUGUACAUUUGAUUUCUUUGUGUAGUAGAAUUAUAAUAUAUGGCAAUCGUACUCUGAAUUUGACGAAGUAAAAAUGUUAUUUAGAAAGUAAAAAAGUCGCGCGACAGAAACACUUAAGUAGUGUGUAUAACCAUCAUUUCUAUGGCAACAGUGUGUGAUGUAAUGUAUAUUUUUCAAAAUGAUUAAAGAUUCACAUUUUAUAUGAUAUCCGU